AAAAAGUUGAACAAGUAGAUUAAUUACUUACUUAAUUAACCAUGUUGAAAUUUGUGAUCGUAGCCUUAUUUAUUGCAUUUGCAUCGGCCCAAGCUCCCUACAAAGAUUGCGGUCAUGGCGAGAUUAAAUCACUGACCAUAAACAAAUGCAAAGAAUCACCAUGCGUACUUCACAUUGACGAGGAAAUCAACACGGACAUUGAAGCUGUUGCUAACCAGGAUGCCACUAAACUGAAAUUGAACAUGACCGUUGACUGGGGCCAGGGACCAGUUGACAUCACCAAGCUGGUGCCCGGUUUUGAUACUGAUGGUUGCCACAUGGUCAAAUGCCCGAUCAAAAAGGGUGAUACCAUAUCCAUAGUGCACAAGGAAAAGGUACCCAAGGAGUCUCAUACUGAUAUGCCGGUGACGUUGAGAAUAGAGAUGCUUGGUGACCAAGGCGAAUUGUUUUGUUUCAGUUUUACCGAGGUGGUUAAGAAAUAAUGUUUUUCAAUUAUAAAGCAUUUUGUACAUUUUUAAAAGCGUAUAAUGAAACCUAAUAAAAUUUAAAUUAAAAUAAAA